AUGACCACCGCAGCAACAGCAGCAACAGCAGCAGCAGGCCGAACGGCAACAGCUCAACAGGACGAUAGCGGCUCCAUCGUGCUGCGUCAGCUCUACCGCGCUUUUAACGCAGGCCAAAACCAAGCGCAACAGCAGCAGCAGCAACAACCGCAACCACAGCAGCAACGGCAACAAGAGCGUCGCUUUGCCGAGGAGAUGAGCGAGUUGGCAAGGGAGAUCGACGAGGACCUCGCUGCUCAUAACGACGAGGAGCAGUUCGAAGAGGUCGAUCCGGAAGAAGAAAAGAACAAGAACCUUGACGCUUAAACGUUCUUCUCUCCCCUUUCUUUUCCUUUUCUUUUCUUUUCGCGUAUAUAGUCUCAUCCCCAUCCCUUCUUUACAUUGUUUCAAUAAAUAUAUAAUCUUUGUG